AUGUUGGAAUCGCUGAAAAGGAAGCUCAUCCAUCACCAUGUGAUAAAGUCCAACUAUGAGGAAAAUCUGACACAGUUGAUGAAAGAGGAAUAUGCGAAAAGUAGCAAAGCAAAUGUAUGGAAGUCUAUAUGUGUGUCGGACGAAGUGUCUCUGACAGAGCAGAGCAUUGGGAGGGUCUUUGUGCGUCUUCAUGAGUACCUGAGAAUGGAAGAGGAGAAUAUUAUGCAGGAACUCCAUAACGACGCGUGGCAGCGAUUCACUGUGCUGGAAGAAAUCAUUAUGCAACUGACCUUCGAGUCCACCUCAUUAUCAGACACCAUUCAAGCAAAACUGAAAACUACACAAGAAAGAAUUAAAAUGGUAAUCUCUGAUCCCAGGGAUGUGUCAGUAAAGAUAAAUGGUGCCAAGUACAAAUUCCUGAUGUUGUACAAUUCCUGGAAAAAAAUGGUCCAUGAGAUUGGUUUUAAUACAGUGCCGUUGAGUCUAGAUCCUGACACCGCACACUGGAACCUCCUAAUCUUCGACAACUUGACCAGCAUCGCGUACAGCCACAACCUGAAGAAACCACCCUCUAAACCCUCACAAUUCAGUGCCUAUCCCUUUGUCCUGGCCAAGCAAGGGUUCUCAUCAGGAGCACACUACUGGGAAAUCUUUGUGGGUUGCAAGGCUGAAUGGGUCUUGGGGGUGACCAAGCAGUCUGUGGAACGUAAGGCACCGAUCUCUCUAUCACCUCAAGAUGGUUUAUGGAUCCUGGAGAAAAAAAGCAAGCACUACGUGGCUCACUCCGUGCCCCGUGUGGUAAUCUUUUCAAGGUUUAAACCCAGAAAAAUUGGAGUUUACCUUGACUAUGAAGCUGGGCAAGUGUCCUUUUACAAUGCUGACAAAAUGACACUGAUGUAUACUUUCAAAGAUAGUUUCACAGAGACACUCUAUCCUGUGUUUAGCCCAGGUGUUAAUUUCACACCACUGAGAAUACUCCACGUUAAUCCUUGA